CGGACACAACUUCAGCUUUGCCUCUCCCUGAGCAUGAGCACACAACCUGAACAGCCGGAAAAGGGAAGCUUUGGGCGGUGCGUGGCUCCCUCGCCUCCCCUUCCGCCGCCCGCUCCGCCCCGGUUGCUGCGGGGCCGCUGCGCAGUUUUCGGCAUGGCAGUGGACUGGCUCGGCUUUGGCUACGCCGCCCUGGUGACAUCAGGAGGGAUCAUUGGCUAUGCAAAAGCAGGCAGUGUUCCAUCACUAGCUGCUGGCCUUUUCUUUGGGAGUUUGGCUGGACUGGGUGCUUAUCAGAUCUCACAGAAUCCAAAUAACAUUUGGGUUUCUCUGAUUACAUCUGGAGCACUGACUGCCAUCAUGGGAACAAGAUUUUACCACUCCAGAAAAUUCAUGCCUGCAGGGCUGAUUGCUGGUGUCAGUUUGCUUAUGGUUGGAAGAUUAGCACUGAAGAUGUUGGAAAAGCCCCAGGAAAAGUAACUGUUAAUUUUACAUCUUAAUAUUUGGAAAAGGAAACCUGAUAAUGAAGUUGCAUGAAUGCAGAAGUGAGAAGAUGGAAAAAUUCUCUUCAUCAAGAUUUUUUUAUCUUUUUUUGUAAGGGGGAGUAGAAUGAUGGGACAGACAGUUUAUAUACAAGAUGGAGCUGUUUGUGUAUAGAGAGAAAUGGGUCCUGGGUUUGAUUUUUCUGGGCAUGUUUCAAUGUAUUCCAACACUUCUGUGUUUUUAUAUUCCAAAAUAUAUUUCUGACAUGUAUGAAGCAGAGAGAAAAUAUCCUGUAAUUAAGAAAAUAUCCACAAAGAGGCACCAAGAGUAACCGGCUAAAUACAAUAAUGUAUCUCAAACCUUUUAUACUGAGUAUUACAGUGUGCUUUACCUGUUGCAUUCUGAAUUGAUAUACCAUGUCUUUAUAAUAUCAAACAGAUCUUGCCUUUUUAUUGUGAAACUAUGCUAAAAUUAUGCUUUUCUAUAAGUAAAAUUUGUUACAAACCUUUCUUUGGCUUUUUUUUGGUACAACUUCUGUGUUUGGGGAUGGGAGUAUUUUUUUUUCACCUUGUUUUCUCAGUGGAAGUCUUUGCAGUGGACUGUUAGUAUCCAAGUGCUGUUGUUCAAUGAUAUUUAAAAAUCCUUUUAUAGAUGGAGGGACAGAAGAUUAAAUUAUGUGCCUUCAUUAAUACUUCAUUUAAAAAGCUGGUUGAAAGGAACUUACACUGUGGAUUAAUUGAGAUUUGUGCUAGGCUAAACAGUUGAAUGUGACCUAGACUGUAUAAUUGGAAUAAAAUACCUUAACACUA